AUGGCGACACCUUCACCACAGACAUGGACGCUUCGCCUCAAGUCUUACAAAACCACCGUCAUCCUCCAUGUCGACCCAUUACAUACCUUCGACACGAUCAAAACCUACCUAUACGACGCUCUUCAAGAAACGGGUUUCAAGAACUCCGCCGGCGAAUCGAUACCACUACCUUCGUCUGCGGCGGAGAUCCAGCUCGGUCGCCCGGCAAAUAUCAACGACGCAUCCGAGGGCUUCAGACUAGGCGAGUGGGAGGGGGCAUACAUAGUUAGCGACGAGGAACAGGUGGAGGGCAAGGGCAAGGGCAAAGCUACCAAAGCAAACGCAGGUGGUAGUUCAAGUGCUGGAGCAAAGGCUGACACAGAAAAGAUCAAGCAAUGUCCCAAGGGCGCGGGUCUGAAAGAUGGCGCUGUGCUGGCUUUCCGGUGGGCUGGCGAUGGCAGCUGGGACGGUGAAGAUGAGUUCGAUCUCAGCAAGGACAGUCGAAAAGAGGACAACAUGUGGGGUGUUACCCUGGCGAGCUUUGAAGACGCGUAUGGUGUUGAGAAUGAGACGGAUGUUGGUGGCAGACCGGAGUUCGAGGGCUGA